UCUUGUAGAUUUCACUGUGGUCUUGUUGGAACAAAAUGUUUGUUUCUGUGCUGAGCUUUGUUUUACUGUUUGGAGUUUCUCAUGCUUCCGACACCGGGGCUCCUGCCCAGCUCGGGCCGCCGUCACUCGGGUUCAGGUCCUCAGUGCGCUCCGUGUGUAAACCCAUCCCGAGCACCCUGUCUUUGUGCCACGGGAUCGGCUACAGGCAGAUGCGCAUCCCAAACUUACUCGGCCACGAUUCACUGAGGGAGGCCCAGCAGCAGUCGGCGGCCUGGCUGCCCCUCAUCUCCAAGCUAUGCCACCGGGACACCAAGAAGUUCCUGUGCUCGCUGUUCGCUCCGGUGUGUCUGCCGGAGCUCAGCGGGCCGGUCAGCCCCUGCAGGAGCCUGUGCGAGGCCGUGCGGGACGGCUGCGUGCCUGUGAUGAGCGCGUUCGGGUUCCCCUGGCCGGAGAUGUUCAACUGCACCCGGUUUCCGCGCGCAACCGAGCUCUGUAUCCCUGCAACCGGAGAGCUGGAGGGGCGGACGGUAGAGGAGGUCAGGCACGAGGAGGUGCUGAAAGGGAGUGUUAUCUGUGAUGCCUGUAGUCUGGCUGCUGAAGGAGAGACUGACAUCCAGGAAAACUUCUGCCACAGUUCAUAUGCAUUUAAGAUGCGUCUGGGCAGCGUGUCAACAGUGGGGGGAGACCGUCAGCUGGUGCCUAUGGCCCGCAGCCGCAUCCUGAGGUGGGCAGGGGGAGGAGCGGAGAAGGCAGAAGGCAUUGGCGGCGCAAUGGCCCACGGCGCUUUGUGGCUGCAAGAAGGAGGCACCUGUACUUGUCCUGGCCUAGACUCCACAGAGACAAAUGAAGACAGGGCGUCAGAGGCAGGACAGAUGGAUAAGAGACAAACAAAACAAAAAGAAGGAGAAAAGGAGGGGAAUGGGGCCCAGGGUGCGUGGUACCUGGCCCUGGCUCAGGCUGAAGAGGGAAGACUGGUGUUGACUCGACUGGUGAGGUGGAGCAGAGGGGACAAAGAGCUGAAGAAGUUCAUCAGAGCUCUCCUCAAACAGUCCUGUCCUGAGCUGUAGACUGGAAGUUAUCAGCCUUUUCAGUCCCUGCCUGCCCCAUGGUCGUUGCUUUGUGGUCGCACGCACUGCUAAAUAAUGAACUGCUAAAUAAAUAGUUUCCAAAUAACCCAGAAUAAAUCAAGUGAGCACAAUUUUUUAGAUACAAGUGAUGUCAACGAGUGAACCAGUGUUAAAAGCUUAGUUGAUAGCUAACUGUAAAUCUGCAUACUGGCCACUUUCUUGAUGAAUUGUUCCUGAUUAACUCUGGGUGCUAAAUCCCACACAAUCGAUAACCACUCAAGUCUUUUCUUACUUAGUACGCAUUGUUUCGUGUCCCAUCAAGUAAAUCAUAUUGAGUUGUUGCCAAAUACAACAUUACAUAAAGAGUUUUUACAGAGAACAAUUCAUGAAUGACAGAGAGCUGGUGUUUGUGUACCUUAUUAUAAUUACCAACUACCCAAUAAUUCUGGAAAUCUCACGCAGGCAGUGAUGGUAAAGCAUCGUUACAAGUUGUACUACACAUGGCGUGCAAAAACUGGGGCAAACUUUUUUUUUUGGUGUACAUUUGUGUAUAUAAAAGAGACAAAUUCUAACCCUGUAAUCAAAGUGUUGAGUAGUUUUAAUAAUGAUUGCAGGGGUGUAGGCUGAUCUCAUCACAACUCAUAAAACUAAUACAUAUUUAGUUUGAAGCAGUAUACUUGUUGUUAUUCCUGUAAUAGUAAAACAUUUCUUCGUAUAAUACCUAGUUUAUCACCAUACAUAUUAAACCGUAAAUAUAACAGA